UCACUCGGCACUUAAUCUGCUAAUCUGCUUCAGCUAGGGCUCCUCCUUUCUUCCUCUUCGCUGGCACAGAGAGUCUCUGAAACCCACAUUGCAGUUCCUCUCUGAAAGGCAAACAAUGGUAGAAGGACGAGGCUCCACUCUUGUGCACAUUUUGGUGGUGGUUUUAAGCUUGGUCGCCUUCGGCUUUGCCAUUGCUGCUGAGAGAAGGAGAAGCGUCGGAACCAUGUUUAGAGAUGAAAGAACAAACGAAACAUAUUGCAUCUACAAUUCUGAUGUUGCAACUGGAUAUGGUGUGGGUGCCUUCCUGUUUCUUCUUUCAGGUGAAUCACUGCUUAUGGGAGUGACUAAGUGCAUGUGUUUUGGGAGGCCUCUAACGCCGGGGGGAAAUCGAGCAUGGUCCAUUAUAUAUUUUAUGUUAUCUUGGGUGACUUUCCUGGUUGCCGAAGCAUGCUUGAUAGCCGGUGCAAGUAAGAACGCCUAUCACACAAAAUACCGGGGAAUGAUUUAUGCUCAAAACUUCUCCUGUGAAUCUCUGAGGAAAGGUGUGUUCGUAGCUGGAGCAGUUUUUGUUGUUGCAACCAUGAUUCUUAACGUAUACUACUACAUGUACUUCAACAAGGCCACAACCACUCCCUCUUCUCACAAAGCAAACCGGGUAAGCUCAACAGUUGGAAUGGCCGGAUAUGCAUAAAAUUGUCUGGUGAUUAUGGUACAAGGGACCCUAAUUUUGAAGCUUCAUGUCAAUGAUUGUGU